CCAAUCCAUUCGGAAAUUUUAUAAAAACAUAUUACGCAAUGACCCAUCUCAAGCUGCAGUUCUAAGAAUCCAAUAGGUGAAGGUCACGUGCUCAUCGACGCAUUUUACACAACUUUGAUCAAAAACAAGUAGAAUCCAUUUCAAGUAUGGCCGACGCUGUAGUAUUUCAGCCUGGUACGGUGGCAGUACCUGCUACCCUUGUUGAGUUAUCCAUGUCUUGUCGAAAACUGAUUGAUGCAGACGUCUUCUCAAAAUCUGACCCUAUGUGUGUUUUAAAUGUAUAUGAGCGUGGAGGAUGGAGAGAGUUUGGAAGAACGGAGAUAAUAUGGAAUAAUCUCAACCCAGACUUUGUGAAGAAGUUUGUAAUGCAUUAUUACUUUGAACAGUCACAGAAACUGAUGUUUGAAAUAUAUGAUGUAGAUUCUAACAGUGCUGAUUUAUCUAAGCAUGAUUUUCUUGGUCGAAUGGAAUGCACUUUGGGGGAGAUUGUGUCAGCUAACAAACUAGUCAGGAACCUACGUGGACCGAAAAAGAAGUGUGGCACAAUAACAGUGGGAGCAGAAGAACUGAGCAGUUGUAAAGAACAAUGUACAAUGCAAUUUUGUGCUCACAAGCUGGACAAGAAGGAUUUCUUUGGAAAAUCGGAUCCGUUUCUCACAUUUAGCCGUUCAAAUGAAGAUGGCAGUUACACAGUUGUACACAGGACAGAAGUGAUCAAGAGAACUUUAAACCCAACAUGGAAACCUUUCAUCCUAUCUAUCAGAACUCUUUGCAAUGGUGAUUAUGACAGGUGUAUAAAGAUUGAGUGUUACGACUGGGAUGCUGAUGGAGGUCAUGAUUUCAUUGGUGAAUUUACCACCACAAUGAGAGAAUUGUCCAGAGGUCCAAGUGAUCGAAACAAAUACGAGUGUAUUAGUGCCAAAAAGCGAGCAAAGAAAGGCAACAAGUAUCAAAAUUCAGGAGUUGUGGAGCUGAUGUCAUGUAGAAUAGAAAAAGUAUACACUUUUCUGGAUUACAUUAGAGGAGGCACUCGGUUGCACUGUACAUUUGCAGUAGAUUUUACUGCUUCAAAUGGUGACCCUAAAUCUGCCACCUCUUUGCACUUCAUCAGCCCAUAUAAACCCAACGCUUAUGCUUCAGCCAUUCAAGGAGUGGGGCAGAUCAUUCAAGAUUAUGACACAGACAAGAUGUUUCCUGCUCUAGGGUUCGGAGCUCGUCUUCCCCCAGAUGGUGUGGUGUCACACGAAUUUGCCUUGAAUGGCAAUCCUACCAACCCAUACAAUGCUGGUAUCCAAGGUGUGUUAGAUGCUUAUCACAGGACUCUUAACUCUGUACAGCUGUAUGGACCGACUAAUUUCGCUCCAGUUGUUAAUCAUGUUGCAAGAUUUGCAACUGCUGCUCGAGAUGGCAAUGACUACUUCAUACUGCUGAUAAUCACCGAUGGAAUUAUUACUGAUAUGCCACAGACAACAGAAGCCAUUGUUAAUGCUGCAAGUCUGCCAAUGUCAAUCAUCAUUAUAGGAGUUGGAGAUGCGGACUUUGGUGCAAUGGAAGUGUUGGAUGGUGAUGAUGUUCGACUUUCCUCCAGGGGCAAAGUGGCAGAGCGAGAUAUUGUUCAGUUCGUGCCAAUGCGUGAUUUCAUGGGUCGAGUAGGAGAGAAUCCUGCCUCGAUACAAGCUCGACUAGCCCAAGAAGUCCUGGAGGAGAUUCCAAACCAGUUUCUGUCUUACAUGCAGAAACACAACGUCAAACCCAAACCCCCAUUACAAAGACAGCUAACGAUUUCCUCAGUUCAGUCUCUUCCAUCUUCUGAACAGUAACAGCAUUCCAGGCUGGUCAGAAUAAGCUGACUACUGGCAAAAUGUCAUCAACUAUUGUGACAUCAGCCAGCUACUUGUGACUGUAUAGUGUUCUGACGUUCUUACAUUUAAUAACAUUGUCAUCAAGUCAUAACAUUUAUGGCUACAGACUUGUAAGAAUUACAACUUGCCUAAGCUGUUUAAGAGUUAUGUCCCCCCAAAUAGUCAGGUAAUGUAUUUCAUUUUGCAUAACAUGUAAAUGAUGUUUUAACUUUAAAGUGCAAUUGAAGAAUGGGUGAUUCUAAGCUAGACUGCUUGUUGGAAGGGCGAGCAAAUCUAUCAUUUGUACAUUUUUUCAGAAGCCUAUACAUACUUAGGAUGAACCCCCUCCUACUUAAUGAACUUACUAUACUAGUUAACAUUUCAGGAAAUUGUAUGGAUUGUGUUGAUUAUCCUCAUACAUUUAUUUUCAGAGUUUUACUAUAUGAUACAUGUUCACAAAGUUGUUCCCAUUUACCUUUAACAGUUUGUUAUACAUUUACUAUAUAUGUGCAUGUAAUAUUAUAUUUUUAGUGGCACUUGUUCAUUUUUAUCUUUACAAAAAAAAUGUAUAUACAUAAUUAUCACAUGUAUUUAGUAUUAUUUGCACAGAUCUGAGAAUGUCUUUCUUCCAUGUAAUUUAUUUUCUAAAGUAUAUUUUAAUGUACUUUUGUUGCAGCAUGUUAUAUUAAAUUAUGUGCAUCAGAAAACCACACUCUUGAUUGUAGAUUCGUAUCUCAACGCUGUUACAGAUGCAUCCCUCUUCUGAAUACAAAAUCCUGCUUAUGCUAGCACUUAGCUAAAUGUUUUAACUUUUAUAAGCAGCAUUUAUAAACAUUACCGAUAUAAUUAUUGUAUUUUAAGGUUGUACACCACCAUUAACGUUUGCAAGCGUUUCAGUACAAUUAUGUCCGAAUAUAUUGUGUGAAAAAUACAAUAUCGAUCAGGCUAUGUCAUUCCUGGUUUUAGGGAAUGCUCUUCCUUGACCACUACCGUGCAAAAACUCAACAUACGUUCACCAUGAAGGUUUUCACUUAGUAACCCAAAUGCAAUAGGCUAUAGCAUUCCUGGUUUUAGGAAAUGCUCUUCCUUGACCGCUACCGUGCAAAAACUCAACAUAGGUUCACCAUGAAGGUUUUCACUUAGUAACCCAAAUGCAAUAGGCUAUAGCAUUUCUGGUUUUAGGGAAUGCUCUUCCUUGACCGCUACCGUGCAAAAACUCAACAUACGUUCACCAUGAAGGUUUUCACUUAGUAACCCAAAUGCAAUAGGCUAUAGCAUUCCUGGUUUUAGGGAAUGCUCUUCCUUGACCACUACCGUGCAAAAACUCAACAUACGUUCACCAUGAAGGUUUUCACUUAGUAACCCAAAUGCAAUAGGCUAUAGCAUUCCUGGUUUUAGGGAAUGCUCUUCCUUGACCACUACCGUGCAAAAACUCAACAUACGUUCACCAUGAAGGUUUUCACUUAGUAACCCAAAUGCAAUAGGCUAUAGCAUUCGGGUUACUAACUGAAAAUAUCCAUGGUCCAUAGCACCUCCUUAUUUUGUUGUAGUAUGCCACUUGUACAGUUGUUAUCGUUUAGUACUAAAAAUAACAAGUAACUUCAAAACCAGUGGGUUAUUUAAAUACUACAAAGGUCAACCUACUUGUAAUCAUCAACGAAAGAUUUGAAGAGCCAGUAUUUUAUAUUAUUUUUUUAAUGCAAAACUGUUUCGUCAACCUAGACUAUAUUAAGCUGCUACAUCUGACAGGACAAGUGGUGGUGUGGUGUCUUAAUGAAUAUUCUUUUCCCUUCAUUUAUUAUUAUUAUUUUUAAUUCUUACCAAACCCACCUACAACAUACAUUCAAUUUAUUGUUCACGGGGAUUUUUCAUAAAUAUUUGUAAUGGAAGUAAUUGCAGUAAAAAAAGUUACAUUAUCAUUAUAAACUGAUUGCGAGUGUGUUCUGUAUUGUGAUUGGUUAAUUACAUUCUUUUUCCGGGAUCAAAUGAA